AAACAGAAUUUGAGGGCCUGCAACACCUCAGUCUGUAUUUUUAGUGAUCCUUACAGAUUGAUCACUUCUUAAUUUAAAAAAAUGUAAGCUAGUAUUAUGUCACCUGCUCCUUGGAGCAGGGGCGGACUGACAACUCAUGGGGCCCCCGGGCAAUAGGGGAUCGUGGGGUCCCUGUGUCCUCACCCACACUCAAACCACACCCAAAAAAGCCUAUGAAAGGUACCAGGGGCAUCUCAUGGGGCCCCCUACUGACCCCGGGCCCUCGGGCAGUGCCCGAGUUUCCAAA